AUGGUCCUUCAUCGGUGCCUCCACUCACGGGAUCACCAGAAGCAUCGGUCCCUUCCUCCUCGGUGCAUUGUCCAUCACCCACGACUGGUGAUGCUUCCUCAUCGCGGGAGCAUUCCUCCGCUCCAGGCACUGUUCAGCCCGUCCCUAUGGACUCUCUCAUCACCGCACCACAGCCAGCCGAGCCUCUUCCUCGGCGCAGUCAUCGUUCAACGCAAGGACACUUACCUCCCCGCUUCGAUGGUUUUGAGGUUAACAUUCCUGGGUCUACUACUUCGGCUCAUGUCACAUAUCCUAUGA